GAGAUCCCUCAGUCCCAAGUCACAGUUCGAAGCCCCAGCUCACCGUUGGAAUUGCAACCACAGCACUCAAUCUUGCUCACCUCACCAGCUCACCAGCAACCCGGGCUGCUGCCAACGCCAGCCUGGCCGCCCUCACCACCCGCCAUCGACAGCAGCCGUCAAUCGCGCCCAUCCAGGUCAAAUCACCGCGACGCCUCCCAUGCUGGCCCACCCAAGUCGGGGCACCAGACUCGGCCCGCGCCCCUGCGCCUAACACUCACCUUGCCGCAUCGCACCGCGCGCCCUGCAAGCCCGACGCCAAUCUGCACGUCGUUUGGGCCCCCUGCCCGUCCGCCUCGGCAUCGAUAACCUCUCUCGCCAGACCCCGAGUCCCGUCUCCUCAAUCGUCCGACCCGACCGCCCGAUAGUCCAACACCAACAAUCACCAUGAACCGGCCGUCGCUCCUGUCUGGCGCCGCCAGGCGCGCGGCCGCCGAAAUGUCGCCCUCGGCCCUCCUCAAGCGCUCCGAGCCCGCGGCCCUCUCCCCUGGCGCCAUCGCCGGCGUGGUCAUCGGCAGCAUCCUCGGCGCCAGCAUCAUUGCCCUAUGCGUCUGGCCCUUUAUCGCGCGCGCCAGGAGGAGGGCACGCGGCGAGGGGGGAUCCCUUCAACCCCGAGGCCGAGAUGGAGGCCGCCCAGGCGUCGGGCAACGCCUCGUCGUCGUCCCCCGGCCCCACCGCCGCCGGCAGCAAGCGCCUGUCCGUCGACGACUUCGGCCCCGCCGCCACGCGCCAGACCAGCAGGCAGCAUCAGCCGUCGCUCAGCAAGGAGUUCGGCACCCCGGGGAGCGAUUUUAGCCCUCCCGGCGCCCGGGUACCCGGCGGGUACGGCUUCCAGAACCAAAUGAUGGCGCCCGCCGCCGCCGCCGCCGCCGCCGCCGGGCCCAACGGCCAGUUCCACCAGGGUGCCUUUGUGCAGCAGCCGGGACUGAUGCACCAGUCCACCAUGGGCACCGUCGGCACCAUGGACACGAUGGGCACCGGCGUCACGGUCGUGCCGGGCACCACCCCUCCCGAUACGCCGCUGCAGGGCAGCGCCCACCACCGCCGCCAGUCGUCCUCCAAGUCCUCCAUCGUCAAGGCCUUCCAGUCGGCGACGUCCGUGUUCCGUAGGACCAGCACGAGAUCGAUGCCGGGCCACCACUCCCCCCAGCCGCCCCAGCCGCCCCAGGAUGCCACCUUCAUGCCGCCCCAACAAAUGCCCUACUACAUCUCCCCCAUCGACAACAUGCCUCCGGCCACGGGUGCUGCCGCUUCGUACUACUCGGGCGCCCCCAUGUCGCCGGCGACGUCUGCGUGGUCGACGCCGCCGCCUAUGAACAACAACAUGUACAUCCCGAGCGCGCCCCACCCCGGAGGCCAACCGCACGCCUCGGUGGAAUAUCAUGCACCGGGCAUAGGGCCGCAGGAUAUGGGGCAACAGUUUCAGCAAUUUGCCAUGUUCCCUCAACAGCAGCAACUGGUACCGCCGUCUCAGGGAAUCUCGCCUAUGAGCCCAGCAUCUCAGACAACAUCACCCCUGAUUAAGGACGAGAUGAUGUCGGAGGACGAGGAUGGGACGGCCCCGUUUGCAUCUGCGCAGGCCGCUAUGCCCGGCCGGAGCUUAGGGGCGUCGCCUUCCUCUGGGCACUCGAGGACGCCGUCUCAGGGCCUGACCUUCCCCCGGUCUGAGAAAGCCCGCGUGGGCAUGAGCCCUUCGAGCGCCGGGCCCGGAACGGUCAACCCGCUCGACAUAAUGGCGCCCACCAAUGACUCGGAGCGGUACUGGCAAGUGCAGAACGAGCUGGUCAAGCCGGAACAGACGUCGCCGCCGCCGCCGCCGCAGUCUUAUGAAAACUUCGCAGGCCAACAAGAGCAGCCGCCGCAGCAGCAACAACAACGGCAGCAGCAACUGCCACCGGUCGUUCUUGAAUCCGCUGACGGAUUCACACUCGCUCCGAAUGCGCAGGGCGGAAAUGCUGCCGAUGAGAUAGACACCGCUUUGUUCGAUAGCUUCUGCGACCUGGACGCCAACGCCAAGGAGGAGUGGACGUUGGCCGCGUACCAGGAUGAACAGCAGAAGCAGAAGAGACGGGAACAGCUUGCGCAACAACAGCAAUUACAGCAGGAACUUGCACAACAACAGCUGCUCCAGCAACAGCUGUUGCAAGCUCAGCAGUUGCAACAAUUCCAGCAACAAGCCCAACAGCUCCUACAAACCCAGGGGCAAGCACAGCAGCCGGCUUAUUAUGGCCAUGGGCAGAUGCAGUUUGGAUUUCAACAAGGAAACUCGCAACUGGGCAACCUGCCACCGGGAUACCCGCCCCAGACGCCCAUGUUCAUCAAAGCCGACCCUGAUCCCAACUACGUCGCGCAAUCAUUCACGCCUUUCAACAUUUCCGACAACUCUACGCCACACCAACCCGCCUCUUACUCUUCGGGGCCUUCAAAUAUGAACACGCCGAAUACGCAGCUUACGGAGCCGGCUUCGAGCUAUGCUCCUAGCACACCGUCUAACGGCGGCCUCAGCCCACCCCAGGGUUCAGAUGCGUCACCGCAAAAGACAUACCCGUGUCCCAAGUGCGACAAGGUCUUCACCCAGCAGCAUAAGCUGAAUCACCAUGAUCGGUAUCACACAAGGAAAUACGUGUGCACCUACGAAGGCUGCGACGGCAGCUUCGGCACCACGACCCACCUGAGGCGCCACAUCAACGACAGGCACAAGAAGGAGCGCAAGUUCCACUGCACCGUCGAGGGCUGCCAAUGGUCCAGGAGCGGCGGGCUCUCGUUCCCACGCAAGGACAACUGGAAACGACACAUGGUCAAGAAGCACCCUGGCCAGCCGCACGACGAACCGAUCGAGGCUUCCGUCCCAUGACAGGACCAGUGAGCUGCCAGCCAUUCCCGGCCACUAUGAUCAGCCACGAUCACGGAUGAGCAUAUAUACAAGGCACGCAGUACAUUCUGUUACUUGUGUCUGAUAACGAAGAAAAAAAACAUCAGUGUAAAAGAGCGACUUGGAGUAUCGGUUAGGGGAUAAUUUUCUUGGUAUUUGGAUUGGUUGUUUUCCUUGCCUAUUUGGAGAUAUUCUCUGCAACGGGCGAUCAGAUACAUGUGCACGCAUGGCAUUGGUGUUGUACCAUCUUAUUCAUUAUGUAUAUUUGUAUUUAUUGCGGUUUAGCGGCUGGCGGCGGGCAGCUCACGAGGUGAAACCGCCAUUCAUUAAUGCCGGGUUAUAAUCCAUCCAAGUAGACAAGCCAAUACCAAAUUCAGCGUUUGCCUCAUGGCGGGGGCCAAGUCGGU